GGAUUAAUAGACACGUAUUCCUGUCACAAACGCAAAACGUAGUUACCUGUUUCUUUCCGUCCCUUCGGCCUUCACUAUUGUAAACAGUUAAUACGCCACAACCACCCACCAAUACCUUCUUUACUCCUCUUCUUCCUUUACAAUCCCUCUUUUGUUUUUUACUCAUUAAUUUCUUAGUUGAUCUAAUUAUUUUCCUAUUAAAUUACAAUAUAAUUUGGAAGCAUUCUAUCCCAACUUUUUUCUGAUUGGAAUUAUUUACAUGAUUUGAUUGUGGUUUCCUGAUUAAGGCGUUGGUUGGUUGGACUCAAUUUUCAAUUUUCUUUUGUGAUUUGUUUGAUGGACAACGGCGUAGUAUUGGAAAAUGGGGUUUGUCAUAAGGAUACUGUCAAUGGAGGGCAAGAUGUUUGGAGUUGUGAGAAUGGAGUUUCAUCAUCUUCUGCUGAUCAUCUUGUUGUCAUGGUUCACGGAAUUUUGGGCAGUGCUGCUGAUUGGCAGUUUGGAGCAGAGCAGUUUGUUAAAUUGCUCCCGGAUAAAGUUUAUGUUCAUUGCAGUCAAAAAAAUGGGGCAACCUUGACGUUAGAUGGUGUGGAUGUCAUGGCUCAGAGAUUGGCUGAAGAGGUAUUGGAGGUCACUAAACACAACCCUAAACUUCGUAAAAUUUCUUUUGUCGCACAUUCUGUUGGUGGAUUAGUUGCAAGAUAUGCCAUUGGUAUUUUGUAUCAACCUUUUGUUGGUGAUGUUGUGGAUUUAUCUUCUUACAAUUUCCGUGAGAAUGCAAGAGGUACAAUAGGUGGUCUUGAAGCAGUGAACUUUAUUACUGUAGCGACUCCUCAUCUUGGCUCACGUGGUAACAAGCAGGUACCAUUCCUCUUCGGUGUGACUGCUAUUGAAAAAGUUGCUAGCUAUGUGAUUCAUUGGAUAUUUAGAAGAACAGGUAGACAUCUUUUCUUGACUGAUGGUGAUGAAGGGAAGCCUCCAUUGCUUAAACGAAUGGUGGAAGACAAUAGUGAAUACUGUUUCAUAUCAGCUUUGCGAGCAUUCAGACGUAGAGUGGCAUAUUCAAAUGUUGGCUAUGAUCAUAUUGUCGGCUGGAGAACGUCUUGUAUUAGACGUAUGAGUGAAUUGCCAAAGUGGGAAGACUCACUCAAUGAGAAAUACCCUCACAUAGUAUAUGAGGAGUUCUGUGAAGCACGUGAACCAAAUGAAGCUUCAUCAGAAGAAGAUCAUAACAAUGAUAAAAUAGAAGAGGAACUUGUGACGGGUUUGUCUAGGGUGUCAUGGGAGAAGGUUGAUGUCAGCUUUCACAGCAGUAGACUGAGGUUUGCUGCCCAUAGUGUGAUACAGGUGAAAGACCAUUACAUGCACGCAGAAGGUGCAGACGUUAUUCAGCAUAUGAUUGAUCAUUUUGUCAUCUGAGUGAUCAGCAAAUGUUAUUAUGCCAACGUUGAGCCAUAAAGCUCGUCGAGUCCCAUUAAUCCGAGCAGCUGGUGGUGGUUCUUGCAACAAAGCCGGCAUUUUCUGUCGAAAACAAAAUCCAAUUCCCUGAAGGAGAUAUGCAGAUCCUUUAGAAGCACGCUGGUUUAUUUAUGUUGUAUUUUGUUUAUGAUAAAAGUUUUCCAAUUCUUUUAUGAUUUCAAAUGUAAUUGUAAUUAAAUGAAUGAUAAAAACAAUGAACAUUUAGUUGAGUGUAGCUUGGAGCUGUUAAGUGACCAUAUCAAAGUGUACAAGUACCGCUCAAAGAACUGAUACAGAUUACUGUUAGAAAUUGUUGUUCUUAUUAAUUCAAAAGAUAGGAUUGUCCAUACAAUUAAAUCUUAUACGAACAAACAUUCUUCUUUGGAUUGAGAAUACCUUCUGGCGAAUGCAUACUUCUUCAUGGACGUUCCCAUGAAGAAAGUCAUUAUUUACAUCUAACUGAUGAACCAUGCACUUAUAAUUAGCAACUAUCACUAACAAAUAUCAAAUGGUUGCCAUUUUAACCACAUAUGAAAAGGUU